GCUGCCAGAGAGUCAGGUGGCUCCGGGAUGCGCGGCGGCGGCGGCAGGAGGCGGAGGCGGGCACGGAGGAGGCGGCGGAUGGGGGGGAUGCGGCGGCUCCUCCACGGCACACGCUGCCUCGUCUCGCCCCUGCCCGCGCUGGGCUGAAGCGGCCCCGCGCCGGGAAGUCCCGGCAGCGGCGGCGGCACCUGGUGCCGGCGGGCGCCGGGCCGCAUGAACAAUAGGCGGCGGUCCCGGCCCCGCCGCCCCCCGCAGCGCCCGGCUGCCGCCUCCCCCUAUGGAGCAGCCUCGCCAUGGAGCCCCUCACCGAGCUCAGCCAGGAGGGCGCGGGCGGCGGGGAGCCGCCGGGCGACGGGCCGCUCUGGACCGCUGUCUUCGAAUACGAGGCGUGCGGCGAGGACGAGCUGAGCCUGCGGCCGGGGGACGUGGUGCAGGUGCUGUCCCGGGACUCGCACGUGUCCGGCGACGAGGGCUGGUGGACGGGGAAGAUCGACCAGCGCGUCGGCAUCUUCCCCAGCAACUACGUGAGCAGCGGCGUGCAGGGGGGCGGCCCGGAGCUGCGCGCCCGAUACCCGCCGCCGCCCGCCAUACAGCUCCUAGAGAUCGACUUCUCAGAGCUUGUUCUGGAAGAAAUCAUUGGCAUAGGGGGCUUCGGAAAAGUGUAUCGAGCUCUAUGGAUAGGAGAUGAGGUUGCUGUCAAGGCAGCUCGCUAUGACCCUGAUGAGGACAUCAGCCAGACCAUUGAGAAUGUCCGCCAAGAGGCCAAGCUCUUUGCAAUGUUAAAACAUCCCAACAUCAUUGCCCUCAGGGGUGUGUGUUUGAAGGAACCUAAUCUUUGCCUGAUCAUGGAGUUUGCCCGCGGAGGAUCGCUCAAUAGGGUGUUGUCUGGUAAAAGGAUACCUCCUGACAUACUGGUGAACUGGGCAGUGCAGAUUGCCAGGGGAAUGAACUACCUGCACGAGGAAGCAAUUGUUCCCAUAAUUCACCGUGACCUCAAGUCCAGCAACAUACUGAUACUCGAAAAGGUGGAAAAUGGAGAUCUGAGCAACAAGAUGUUGAAGAUCACGGAUUUCGGCUUGGCCAGGGAGUGGCAUAAAACUACCAAAAUGAGCGCAGCUGGGACAUAUGCCUGGAUGGCUCCUGAGGUCAUCCGCUCUUCCAUGUUCUCCAAAGGCAGCGAUGUUUGGAGUUAUGGUGUGCUGCUUUGGGAGCUGCUGACAGGAGAAGUACCAUUCAGAGGAAUUGAUGGUCUUGCAGUAGCAUAUGGUGUUGCCAUGAAUAAGCUUGCCCUUCCAAUCCCUUCCACGUGUCCUGAGCCUUUUGCCAAACUCAUGGAAGAUUGCUGGAACCCUGACCCACACUCACGGCCUUCCUUUGCCACUAUCCUAGACCAUCUUACUGCCAUAGAAGAGUCUGGUUUUUUUGAAAUGCCCAAAGAUUCCUUCCACUCCCUGCAGGAAGACUGGAAACAAGAGAUCCAAGAGAUGUUUGAUCAGCUUAGAGCCAAAGAAAAGGAGCUGCGCACAUGGGAAGAAGAACUGUCUCGUGCUGCUGUUGAACAGAAGAACCAUGAGGAGCUGCUACGGAGGCGGGAACAGGAGCUGGCAGAACGCGAGAUUGAUAUCCUGGAAAGGGAGCUCAACAUCAUCAUCCACCAGCUGUGUCAGGAGAAGCCUCGGGUCAAGAAACGCAUGGGGAAGUUCAAGAGGAGCCGGCUCAAAUUAAAGGAUGGCAAUCAUAUCAGCUUGCCUUCAGAUUUUCAGCAUAAAUUCACUGUGCAGGCUUCUCCAACGAUGGACAAAAGGAAAAGCUUGAUCAGUAGCUGCUCCAGCCCUCCUGCAAGUCCUACCAUUAUCCCCAGACUCAGGGCCAUACAGUUGACACCUGCUGAAAGCAGUAAAACAUGGGGACGAAGCUCAGUCCUUCCAAAGGAAGAAGGAGAGGAAGAAGAGAAGAGAGGCCAGAAGAAAAAGGGACGCACUUGGGGACCAAGCUCACUUUGUCACAAGGAGCUAGGUGCAGGAGAAGAGGGUCUGAAAGCUCUGGUGGAAGGAUGCAAGCAGUGGUCAUCCAGUGCACCAAAUCUUGGGAAGAUCCAGAGAACUGCACCUGCUUUUCCAGGAUUCACCAGCUUAGCAGAGAUGGAUGAUGAGGACAGUGAAUGUUUUAAUGGAGAGGGCAAAGUGCACCCUUCACCUGUGCACAAUCAGUCAUACCUCUGCAUCCCAUUUCAGAAGAAUGAAGAAUGGGAUGGCCCUUCUAGUGAUGCCAAUGAGGAGUCCACCCCUGUUAACUCUGCUACCAGUACCCCACAGCUGACACCCACCAACAGCCUCAAACGUAGCGGCUCCCACCACAAGCGAUGUGAGGUUGCAUUGCUUGGCUGUGGAGCAGUGCUGGCUGCUGCAGGCCUGGGUUUUGAUCUGUUAGAAGCAGGGAAGUGUCAGCUGCUGAUUGAGGAAGAGCCAGAGGUGCCCAAGGAAGAGAAGAAGAAGCGUGACAGCAUUUUUCAGCGAGCUGGACGCCCACGCAGGAGCACUAGUCCACCUUCCCGGAAGAUCUUCAGGAAGGAUGAUCCCCUGUUGUUGCUAGGCGAGCCAUCCACAUCCCUCACCCUUCUUUCCCUGUCUUCCAUUUCCGAAUGUAAUUCCACCCGGUCCCUGCUGCGCUCAGACAGUGAUGAGAUUGUGGUUUAUGAGAUGCCUGUCAGCCCAGUGACGGUCAAGGCUCCCUUGCCAGCCAUUACAAACCCACUGGUUAAUGUCCAGAUCGAGAGGUUCAAACAAGACCCCAACCAGUCCCUGACCCCCACACACGUGACGGUCUCUUCCCACACCCAACAAAGUGGACACAGGCGCACACCUUCUGAUGGAGCCAUCAAAGGGGGUGGACUGGUUGUCAAUGGGUGCCCAACCAGUGGAUGCCCUUCCAGUAGCUGUUUAACUGGAGCACUGGGAGCAGGUGUAUUAAAAACACCUAGUCCAAGCAGAGAUCCCAGUGAGGUCCCUCGCCUGCCAGACCCCAACCUUGUUUUUCCUCCAACCCCGAGACGAUGGAAUGCACAGCAGGAUCCCACACUGGAAAGACCCAAGACACUGGAGUUCCUACCCCGGCCACGUCCUGCAGCCAGUCGGCAGCGGCUUGAUCCCUGGUGGUUUGUGUCACCCAGCAAUGCCAAGGGUGAAUCUUCUGCCAACAGUUCAAGUACUGAUACUCCAAGCAAUCUGGACUCUUGUUUUGCUAGUAGCAGCAGCACUGUAGAAGAGAGACCUGGACUGCCUGCACUGCUUCCUUUCCAGGUGGGUCCUCCUGCAGAGGAGCGGACACUGUUGGACAUGGAUGCUGAGGGGCAGAGCCAGGACAGCACCAUUCCGCUAUGCAGAAGUGAACUUAACACACACAAAGCUGCAGCAUAUGAACUCAAGCAAGAAUUCUGGUCUUAAUAUGAAACCACUGGGGGCAGUGAGCCCCUCUAAAUUCAAUCCUACUUUUUGCACUGAGAAUGCACUUUGAAAACAGAUGAGAUGGAGGGAUGCUACAGAGAUCAUAUGGUGCUGCCUCUGCUGAAGAUGUGUUGUCAGCUGCCUGAUUUUUGUCUGCAUUUGGGUGAAACUUGACAACUCUGAGCUGCUGACUUUUGAUGUGGGGUUUUCCUGUAGUCUUCCCUGCCCUCUUAUUGCAGUUUGAAUCUGCAAUGAGCUAAAAUUAUCAUAUCAAAGUCUUUUGUUACUGACCUUGUAGGAUUUGGCACUUGGCAGUAAGUAUAUUGGUAUCCUGGUAUUAAUCAGUAUUUUCAAAUAAUAGUCAAAUAUUACACUACAGCAGACAUCAGUGUUUGAUGUUUUCCCAAGAAAUCCAGAACAGAAGCAAAUAAAUAUCUGGAGACUACCUUCUCUGAAAUACAUUCAGAUCAUUAGACAGGCCUGGGAAUCAUCAUACCCCCACUGAAAUAGCAGAAGUAGCUAUCUUAAGACUUGUUUGUCCUCUUUUGCUCAUGUGAUAGUGUAAGGUGGAACAGAUGGCAGGGGAAGGGCAUGGCGUCUCCACUGGUGGAGGUCUUUGAGAGCAGGUGAACCAGACUGUUGGAAACAAGUAGGUGUAGUUGAUCCUGGUUUCAGGGUAGAUUGGAUGAACUUCAGUGAUCUCCUGAGGUCCCUCUCAGCCCUAUUUGUUUUAUGACCCUGUGCUUUCAAGAUGAACGCUUAUAGUAUAGCUGUUUAGCUUGGGGUUUUUUUUUCAGACUUUUGUUUCAUCAGUCUCUUUUCUUCCCACCCUGUUUCUCAGGCUCAUAGUCAAGUUGCCUCAGCUUUGGGAGGGGAGUUAGCAGAAACUUUCUUUAAAGAUGUGUUGGCUUGCAGAAGGAAGUAAGUUAUGUGUUUCCAAAUCUUUCUCUUUAUAUUUUUUUCUCCUUUCUUAUGCCUUUCAGGAGUGACCCAUGAAACCCAAGACUGUUCUUAUGCACGCUGGUACUUGUUUAGGCUGUUUUGAAAAUGAGGCUUGUUAGUAGUUAGAUUGUGCAAACAGGAAUCAGAACAUCUGGAUUCUGCUUUAUUUUGUCACUGACUCACUGUGUGACCCUGGGCAAAUAAUGUAACCUCUGUGCCUGAAUUUCCCCAUCUGUAAAUAAUAGGAAUAAUACCUACCUCACAAGGGGAGGGGUUGGGACAUAUAUAAUAGGUAUAAAGUCCUUUGAGAUCUUUGAGUGAAAGGCACUAUAGAUAUGUAGAACUUUAUUCUUGUUCAAAUAUGUAAACCACUCCUAGAUCUGGAGCAAGAACAGACCCCUGUCUGGAAGGAGGAAGUCACACAAAUAGGGUGUGCCUGUGCUCAGAGUUUUCUGUACAAAGACUUCAAGUGUGUCUGUGCCACUGCAGAUAUGUCUUACUGGCUGUAAUGAGAGCUUCAAUGUUCCCCAAAUUUGGCAUUAUAUAUAAGGGAUGUGGCCUUUCUGUGAGUGUAAUAGGGUAGUCUGCUUUAUUGCAGGGUACAGCAUGUCUGUUCACUGUUUUGUACAGAUCUGUGCUUGUUUUGCUGAUCCGCUGAUAUUUGGUUGCAAAUAAGUCAUUUGACAGUGCUGCCAAUGCAGUGCUCAGCCUGUUGGGGCAGUCCAGUCCUGCUGUGAAGGCAGGAGAGCCGAAUACUUCCUGCAGCUGUCAGCACAGUGAACUUGUGUGUUUAGAUGUUUGUAACCUGAUUUUAAAAACCAGCAUGUUUGAGGAAGAACUGUACGUAAGGCUUUUUAGUUCUGUGUGAGGACUGAAACCAGCAUGUUCCCAUUAGUCAAAUGCACCUUUUUUUUUAAGGAAUUACAGUAUGUUUAGUUUUUAAAGGUCACAUAUUUCUUGUUUAUCACAUUCCAUGAAAAAUGCUUAAUGGCAGAAUUACUUUCUGCUGCCUGUUAAAUACUCCAGAGCUAGCCUUAAUGGUGCUACACUAGAUGUUGAAGCUGGAGACACUGUUGACUGUUUAGACAAGGUAUUAUGAUGAGGCAAGAUGGGAUUCAGAUACUUAAAGAAAACAUUUCUGACUAUUUUGUUAAAUUUAGACCUUUGGCACUAUUGAUUUCUUAAGCAUCCUUUUGCUUUCCAUUUCUGAAAACUCAGUUUGUGACCCAGACACUAGCAAAAAUGCAAAACUCAUCCAACAGAUUGCUAAUUUUGAUUGUGCUAUAAAUCAACCUUAAUGUAAUCUCAGUAAGAGACUAUGUCAGAGGGAUUUGAAAGAAGGACAUGAAAACAAUUUAUUUUUCAUAGUCUUCCUUAUAACUUUAAAAAGUCUGGAACAAAACUGGAUCAGCUGUUCUGAAAUAUUAUGUUUUCUAUCCAAAAGGUAUCAUUAUAAAUGUCAUAGGGAGUAUCAUCUGCUCUGCAAAGGCAUCACCUGGAAUAACUCAAUUUGAACAGAAAUCUUAAAAAAUCCAUUUGCUUGCAUGAAAUGGGAGGACACCUUUCUAGGUCACACUAUAUAAGUGAUAUAACUCAGUCUGCUAAACUUUGUAAUAUCUGGCCAGUUGAUUUCACCAAGUGAACUUUUAAGGUUUUUGUCAAGUUCCCAGGAAAGAGAAACGUAAAGGUAAGUUGUUCAGUCUCCUCUUUUACUUAGGAAAGUUGAGGAUGAAGAAUCAAUCCCCCCUUGCCCCUCUCCCCCUUUUAUACAAUCACGUGGUGAAGGUGGUAUGUAGCUGAACUUUGAGAAGUACUUUGCUCCAAAGAGUACCUUCCCGAAUGCCAAGUGGACAUUGCUACAUCAAAAAACUUGGUAGGACAGAUGACAAGAGUCAAGGAUUCAGGUCAGGGUUACUACACUAGAUACUGUUAUUACAAAGCUGCCAGACAGACUAGUUAGAAGCAUAUUGGUUGGUAUGUGUUUGUUUUGUGUUUUUUAUUUGUUUUUUGGGUUUUUUUAACAUUUUUUUGGUGCAAUUAUCAUCAUUGAAUCUAGCAUGUGAAUUAACCUGAGGAAGUCUGUGAGCAUCCACCCGUAACUGUCUUCUAAGUGGCCAACCUGAGGUAUCAGGCAAGAGGAGUGAGUUGUGAAAACAAGGCUCCUGACUUCAGUAGGUGGUGGGGUAUUCUCUGGCAGGCAGAGAAGGGGCUCUCAACAGUUGUCAGCUAUCUUACCUUAUGCACUCCAAAAGCUUUUGCAGCCAGUGUCCUAAGGCCCAGAGGCUGUGUGCAUGUUUAAGGUAGGUCAAAACCUCUCUCUAUAUCCAUCUGUCCCCUCCUGGUUUGAAUUCUCUGUUUUCUUAAUCUGUUAGAGUUUUUCCUUUGCAGUUAUGGGAGCUGAGGUGCUCCAAAUCUCCAAAGAAAUGACUCUAGUCCACUAGACAGUGAGAAGGUAUGAUCCCAUCAGCUCAGAAAUCUUUUUUUUCCUACUGGUUGCUAGUAUUUCCAUUUGUCAGGGAAACAAAACUGUCAGAAUAUUGUCAUUGACCUACCUUUAUAGUAGUAUUCUUGAGGAAGAUGCUGAAAAUCUUACUUAAAAAAAAUUCUAAUAAAUGUGUUGUUUCCUAAAUGUCUGAAUAAGUUCUACUUUUGUUUUAUCUGAGAAAAUGAGAAAAAGAAAACAUGAAAGUGACUGAGCAGUCUAAAACAAUGACAAAAGAAUGGAGAAAAAUAUGUUUGAAUACAAGCCUUACAAAGAGGAAGUGGCAGUUUUUUAACUGAUAGUAAUGAUGAGAUUGUAGCUGAGAGAAAUGUUUGUGAUUUAGAAAUAUAUUUGUAUUUUUGUUUAGUCAGCUGGCAGUGUGUAUUACUAAUUUAUGUAAUUGAUGUGCUGACUUAGGAAAUAGAAAGAAGUUUGUCAGGCCUUCAAAGUAUGCUAUCCUUGUAGCCUCUUUAGUUUUCCUGUAAUUGGAAUAUAAUAGAGAUAUUGGGGGGCAGGCACAGACAUAGCAACCAGUGCAAAAGAGGACAAAUUUUUUGAUAAAUUUUUACUGGUUUCAUAGAAGUUGAGUGUGGGACAAGUAGAGAGAAGAAAUCUUUUGUGUCACAACUAAGGUGAUUAAAUAGUUACAGAUUCUUUUCUAAUACUGUUGCUUCUUUCAGACUGCACAGUGGUCUGUUUUACCAGCAAGUAGGUCUCAAUCUCCUCUCAGUCAUUUUCAGAGGUGCAAAUGUAACUUUUUAUACAUAUUUUCCCUCCAGUUUAUUAUUGCAAUGGGUUAAUAUUCAGUAUGGGGCAGGGAACCUUGGUGAAAAUACUCUUUUUGUAGUAGUUUUCUAACAAAAUGAGUAUUUUUAAAGUGAAUUUUUUGUUAUGGAUGGGGAAAGACCUGUUCUGGUUUGUUGAUGAAAUAUUUUUGUGUACCUCUAGGAAUGGGAGUAGUUGCCUUCCUCUUCAUAGCAUGCUGUUAUCUUAAGACAUUGUGGACAAUACUGCAUAGAGAUGUUACUUCGAUAUGUCACAAAACUGGAUACCUCUCAUUCUGUUGAAGGUGAGGCAGUAAUGGUCAAGUAAAGAAAGGUCUUUGGAGUGUUUUGUUCAAUAAAACAUGUAGGAAACCUCCGACCUUGAGUCGCCUUUCUAUCUUGAGAUUAAUUUUUAUUUGAAACCUAGUUCAUCUCUGUGGGAUGAAUAUGGGACCUGGAGUCUCAUUGGAUGUAUGGAAUCAAACCUACUCCUACGUCCCAAAAUUCAGUGAUAGCCUGUUAUUUUUGCAAGUAAUUUUAAGCUAAUGUAAACAGGUUUGUUUCUUUUUGGUUUUUUGUAAUGUUUCUCCUUGGAAAACAUGCUUCUUGCUUUCUAACCUUUUACAUGCAUUUUGGAGAUACUGUCAAGAACUUUCACCAAAUCUAUGGUGACUAAGAAGGGUUAUAUCUUGCAGCGUGAUUUAAGUUCUCCUUUUGGCUGUUUUUUUUUUUUUUGUAUGAAAAAGGACAUUUACAUUUGGAAAUAUUUCUGAUCCUUACCCUGACACUGAAGAACAGUUUCUUAGCUUCCAUGUUUAGAACUCAUUUAAGAUUACAAUUUGGGUAAAACUGGACAUUAGCAAAAAAUACAGCAAAUACAAGAACCAAAAUACACUGUCACAGAGCAUAACUUUCAGACUUCAUGAAUCUUUGGUUGAUGGUAUAAUUAAGGUAUCUAUAGGAAAAAAUGCCUUCUUACGUUUUUCUUAAGUUUACUAUUUUAGUUCUAGAAUACAGUUGUUUGCACAGCCAGCUAAUAUGGUAGCUAGCCAGACAGAAGGGAUCUUUAACCAAAUUUGCUUUUUUCCCCUCUUAUUUUCAAUCCAGGUUUGGGUUUAAAUUUUAUUUUUUGUCUUUUUUUGGUAUUUUAACAAUCAAUAGAGUCUUAAGAAGAACUUAUUGUUAUUAACCUCACUUUUACAGUUUCAUGAGGCAUUAUGGACAUGAAUCUCUGGCUUAUUCUGGUGCUCCCUCUAUUGAAUGCAUUAGUAGAAAGUCGUGCUGCAGUUAAAAUGUGCAUUUGCUUUUGUUUUUUUCCCAUGCUUGGCUUUUUUAAACACUGGUCAGAGAUGAACACAACUUCUGAAAUUACCUAUGUAAACUUUUUUUUUUUUUUUACGUUGGAAAUAGUCACUCCCAGGUGAGGAGGUGUGGGCUUGAUUAACAAGUAGCUUGCCACUGGUGACUGGGUAGUGGGUCUGAUAUAGAUUCUGGAAUUAUUGUUGUUCCUUUCUAACAAGGACCUCUCAUUUUUUGCAACUGGAAACUCUUCAGCACCUCCUUAACGUUUGUAUACAAGAAAUACAUUUUAGCUCCUUUUUACAUAGUGAAAAAUCUUCCUUUUUCUAAUCAGGAACAUAAUGUUCCUACUGAGAAUAGCUUCUUGAGCCCUGUGGUUUUGUUAGUUUUCUGUUUGGGGAUACUGUUUAUUUUGGGUUUGGUUUUUAAGCCUCUCAAAUAUAUACAUACGUGUUAGGUGCAUCCUUGUAUGCCAAGGUGCCUUCCAUCUCACAUAUCUCCUUGCUGGGCCCUGAGGUUGCUUUUUUGGAGGGACCUCCUAGUUGUAGCUUUCAGUACUUUCAGGCCAAAUACCAUCACUGGAGACCUUUUGUGUCCUCCCAUUUACCCUCCUGUGUUGAUCCACGCGCUAUCACUGCCUCUCCCUGUUUCUCCAUUGGGGUGUUGGCCCCAUCCCAUCUUUGUUGUUAAUUUAUUCUUGUUGCCAUAGUAACAAGUGUAAGGCAGAAAACCAUACACAUUUCAGAUGGGCUUUGACCUAAAAGAUCUCCACACUAAAAGUGUAAGAUACAACUGGGUGAAGUGGAAGUGGAGGUUGGCAGGAAGUAACACAGUGAAAUUAUCCUUUUUAAUGCAAGUCAGAGGACAGAGGAAUACUAGCUACUUGCUAAACUGUUGGCAUCAUAGUUAAAUUGGAUCCUAAAGAAGAAUUUGAGGAAUGUACAGUUAUUAAUUUGAUAGAAUGAUUUGGGUUGGAAGGGGCCUUAAAGGUCAUCUAGUUCCAGUCCCCCUGCUAUGGGCAGAGACGCUUUCCACUAGAUCAGGUUACUCAAAGCCCCAUCCAACUUACCCAGUUUCUGGUUGGUUUGUUUUGUUUUACCCUGAACUACCUCAUCUGUAGAGAUAGAAUGGGCAGAAAGUCUUAAGUUUUGGUAAGAAUUGCUCUAAGUAUGCAGUUAAGGUUGGAAUGAGAUGGGAAGGCAGAGGCAAACUUGUAUUAGGGUCUUUGACAUGUAAAUUCUUGAUGGAAAACUAAAACCAGCUAUUCAGUUUAUUAAGUUAAGAUUAUACUUGCUUUAGAUAUUUCUGUCUCCAAAAUAAACAAUAAAGACAAAGUGGGGCAUUUUUCUUGAUAGUUUCUAACUUGUGGAAGAGUUGAUUGUCCAGAGACAAAAAGGUGGAGAUUUCACUACUGCUUUUAGAAGUGUAGUCUCUUUUUUCAAAACAGAUUUUUUUUUUCUAAUAAUUUAAUGUGCUCUUCCAGUGGAGCUGUGCACAAUCCUGAUUGUUUUCCUGCAUUUGCAGUAUUGUUUUCCUAGUGGAUCUGCUCCUAAUACAGUCCUUACUGUAUCUGAAUGCUGAUGAUGUGCAGGCAGCCCAAUAGAACUAAUAUUAAGGAACUAUGGCACAUUUUUAGUGUGCAGUAUAGUGGAUUUGGUAACCCAGCUUGAAGUGAGCUACUGUUAGGUCCGUUGCUGAUGGGUCAGGUGGAUGCACAGCUAGAAAAAGGGGACUUAGAACAAAUCUGCAGGAGCAAUGCCAAAGUUGUAUUUGCUUAAAAUAAGCAAUUUGAAAAAUAAGCAUGGAGGGAGGCAGGGGGAAGGCCCUUCAUUAAUCAGAAAUACAUCUAUCAGAUCUUGUCCAUGCUCAAACUUUAGUUGCCAGGAUAGCUAGUCAGAAUCUGCAUUGUGUUAAUGUGGCUGAAACCUCAACAUUAACACAAGAAUAAUUUAUUUUAUAUAUGCUGUUUCAGACUGAUUAACACUGUCUCCCAUUCUACCUUGAUUGCUUGGAUUCAGCAUUUUCUCAAGAACAGAUGUUGAGGUUGGAUAAAACUGGCUCUCUUGUCUUUGAGAAGCAUGUAGAUCUGAGAGAGAAGAAGGAUGGCUCUAGCCAUGUCCCGAUCUUUUGUGUCUUGUGAUCUUAGCUGGAGAAGUUAUAAUGGUGCAGGAGGACAUGCUGGUGUUGUUUCAAGCUUCAUCAAUAAGAGUGCUGCUAGCAGCUAUCAAGUUACAGAACAAACCUGGCCUCUGAUUACUGUUUGGCAUAGCUCAGUUGCACACUGAGCUCCUUGAGUCUAACUGUAUCUGGAGGUGAACACAGCUUCUUCCUUGAAUUCUGCUGGAAUUUGUGAAUGUGGCCACUUCUCAGCUUGGGUAAUUUGUUUUCUCCCAGGCCCGGUCAAUGUCACAAAAUCAGUUGUCACCCUCAACUUAUUGCCCAGAUACUCAUAGUAGGCUUGUUCUUCUGUCUUGCAUGCUUUAGUGAGCAGCUCUUACAAUGUCAACAGGGUUAGCAUUUGUAUAUGAGCAGAGCAGCUAAUAUCUCUGAGCUGACUUUUCACACUGCAUCUCAAGCAGUUGUUACUCCAUCAGUUCUGCCAUUGCUCUAUUUUCAAGGUUAUCUUGACAACUAUACUAUCCAGACUGUAAAGAAUAUAGCCACAGGAAAAAAUAAUAGGUAAAAAUGAAAGCAUAUUUAGGAGUGUUUGCCAGUUGAACUGGUUGAAUUUUGCCAUUUGGCCAGUGCUCUUGGCAGAGAGUAGGAUCCAUUCUUUUGCAACAUAGAUCUCUUUGGGGGAUGGCUUGGUUUGAACUGCAGAAUUUACCUAGAUUCACGUAAAGUCCACGGGCACUGGUGCCCAUCAUGUUUGGCAGUUAUAAGAAGAUACCACAUAAACCCAAGAGCAGCUAGUAAUAAAAGUUUGUGUUUAGGGUAAUUAACUUUCAAGUUGAAGGGGAAGAGGCCUCAAUUCAGAAAGCUCUUCAUCACAUACUUAAAUAUCACUGAAAUCAGUGGAAUGUAUUUGUGGGUCAAAAUGCACAAGACCCCAGCUGAGCAAAGCUCUUUUAUUCUGAAUUGGGGGAUUGUUGCGUAGAGACUGAUGGUGAAGGACCAGGUUCUUACCUUGAUUGUUAGAGUAAGAAGUCAGUUAUCCUGAGGAAAAAGUUCCUCAACAAGCCCCUGGGUAAAUGCUGGUUUGAUUGCUGACUCUUGUGGCCUUUCCAUGGCUUCACAUGCCAUGCCUAUUUGACUGCUACUUCUAACCAUAAGCAGAGUAAGCUCUGAGAAUGUUUUCUGAGCUGGGGUGAAGAACUUCUGCAUUAGCAGAUUGCUCGCUGUAAAGGGGCAGUUAAGUGGUGACUGGAGGCUGUGUGUGCAAAUGGCAGUUUAACCUGAAGCCUAUUCUCAAGUAUUUCUUCCCAUUUUACAAAUGCAUCCCUCCAGGCUGGUGGACAGACCUGACAAGCUCAGUGGUGAUCAACAUCCGCCACUUUGACUAGAGUUCUAGGAUUCUUGUCUGUCAGCUGUUGGCACAGCACACUGUGCUGCUAUAUUUGAUUUCUUUGUCAUAAAUUCAGGACAAGCUGGAAAUAUCUGAGAUAUUUUGCCUGACUUAAGUUGAGAGGCUUAUAUGGAGUGAGCAGGCAACAGUGGUGGAAAAAUCAGGGAAAAUACCUGUGCUUUUAACAAUGUUUCUUCUGUGGCUUUGAAAGUCCAAGAAUUUCUCAGCCAGGGAAUGUAUUUCCUCCUCCUUUUGAUAAGCUACUUCUUUCUUUUGCCUUAUUAAUUGUGAAUCUGCUCCUGCUUCUAUUUCAAGCCAGAUGCAAAAUUCGGUGACCUGACUUUCCUAGGUACAAUGUUGUAAAUCUGCAUAACCAGGUGAGUAGAUUUCUCUAGUGUAAGAUCAUGCCCCCAUGUCUGAUCCUUUGAGAUGUGGAAUAGUUCCUGCUUGUGUUGAAAUCACUGUGUGGAGGGUGUUGGGUACUUCAUAAGGAACUCCAAACUCUGUAGGACUGGGAUUCAUCUUACAGCUCAAGUAUUUCAGUCUGGUUUUGGAGACCUGUAUGUCUUCUCUUCCAUUUAUGGUGUUCAAAAGUCUGUUGCUAUGGAAGUAGCACCUGAAGGUAUGUUUUGCCCGAAGAACCUGCAAUGAAGCAGUUACAUUACCAAAUGGCAAUGUACCCCAGAAUUGAGUAAAAUAACAGAGGCCACCAAGUUUUUCUUGUUUGUGUGAUGAAAUAUUGUCAAAUUAAGUGAUUUGUUGGAGCCUUCCUUUAACUUCUGUACGGCAGUAAGCUUAGAGGAAAAGAAGAUUGCAUUAUUUUUUAAAAAGCUUUAUUUGUGACCUGGACUUGUUGCCUCUGACCCUCUUGGGCUUAAAUAGUUAAAUUAUAUUAAUGUCCAUUUGUUUCACUGUAGGUAACACAUCAACUGAAUACUCUUGUGCAUAAUCUACUGUAUCUUUCCUCUGUUCUGUGUCAAUGUAUUAUGUGUAUUUGGAUUACAGUUCUUUUUGUAUUAAAUUAUUUUAUGUUAUAGAACAAUAUUUAAGUGAAGCAAAGAGCUAAUGGAAGUUGUUGAUGUUUUGGGAUUUCUUUUCUCUUUGCUCUUUUUUUGGAUGUACUGUAAAUUGUAAACCAAGGAUGCCAAGCAGGCUUGGUUCAAUGGCUAAAAUUAUUGUAUUACAGUGUAAUGCUGAUCUAGGCCUUGUCUCAACACUAGAGCACACAAACUUGAAUAAAACUGUUAUAAAAGC